AUUAUUUCCCGGCGACGUGUUACAAGGGCAAUUUCUUGUCCCUCUCAUCGCUGCGUCAGUCAGGCUCGGACGACAUACGACCUAUUGCCACGUUCGAUUCGACUGACGGUCAUUCAUUGCGCGUCGCUCGGGUUUGUUUCAUUGUCUGGCAUCAGCAUUGCGAGAGAUGCCCGAAGGAAACGCUCCCCGUGCCGGGGAUGCUCGUGAAGAGCAAAGCCAAGGCCAAUCAACUCUGUAUAAAAUUGUACAGGGUGUGGCCAUAUGGUUUGGUAUGCAAAUGUUGAUGAAGCAAUUCACUGGCGGCAACAAGGCGCAAACUGCUACCACUACCGAUGCUUCUGGCAAUGUCGUCCAGGUCCCUGCCAACACCGGCGAAAUACCUGCCUACCAACUUCGACCGAGUAGUCUUGACGAGGGUGCUACCUGGAACCCCGUCCCCCAACGGCUUGCUCCUAUCUGGGCAUCCGAUAGUUCCGUCGAUAUCAUCGUUACACUCUCAUCGUCCUUCGUUCCCGUCAAAAUUUCCAGUGUGCCCGAUGAAUACGUAGCUUUGAAGGAGAAGAACUUCAAACUGGGAAAUUCAAGUGAUACCCGAAUUGCCGAAACUACUUUCACUGUGCCAUCAUCUGUCCAAAACAAUGGAACGCUAUGGGGACACUUCUACGUUGGGCUGAAAGGUGCCAAUCUUGACCCUAAGGAGCCGGGAUUUGAUCCGGCAACAGCCUUUCAUUUCGUACACCCUCUGACGCAGUAUAUUCCAAAGAAGAAGGAGUCAAAGACCCGCAACCUGCUGGAGGAUAGGCCUGAGGUGGAAGAGGAAGAACCUGAGGAGCAGAACACAGGGCCGAUUAUCGCAAAUUACUACCAUCCCAACACUAGCUUGGCAUUCGUCCCCGACACUGGUGUCCUCACCUAUCCUCAAACACACCCGGCUAUACGUCAAUUUAUCCAUUUAGAGCCCACUGGCGCCCGCGAUGGUUCUGGCCAGAACACUUGGUACUAUCCGGUCUUGUAUGUCAAUACAUUUUGGCAAAUGAAGAGCCACAUGACACUACUGAAUGAGACAGUCAAGACCCUCCCACUGCGUCUUGACUUGAGUAAUAUGGCCAACUGGAAGUUCAACAUACUUGCUUCAGUCGAUUUCAACACGAAGCAGCAAGCACUUCAAGCUGCUUAUGGUGGUCCCCUACCAGGUGGUGGUGAUGGAAGUGAGAUCGAGAUUGUUAAGGAGAUGUUCCUUGACACAAACCCCUAUCUUCUUGGUGUGACGGCAGUCGUGAGCAUUGCGCAUCUCCUCCUUGAAAUGCUCGCUUUUGGAUCCGACAUUGCCCACUACCGUAAGAAGAAGGACAAUGUUGGUAUCUCAGUUCGCUCGAUCUUAGCCAAUGUCUUCAUGCAGGCGGUUAUUUUCCUCUACCUGAUCGAUAAUUCCCAAAACACAAGCUGGAUGAUUCUUGGUUCACAAGGUAUAGGUAUCCUUAUCGAAUUCUGGAAGAUCACUACCAUCGUCGAUGUUAGAGUACGACCAGCGCCUCCGGGAUCUUUGAUACCAUAUCGAAUAGCAUUUGAAGACAAGUACCAACUUAGCGAAACCGAAGAGAAGACCAAGGAGUAUGAUGAAAUCGCAUUCAAGUACAUGUACAUCGCUGCGGUUCCUCUACUCAUCGGCUACGCUGUCUGGUCCUUGGUCUACGAAUCGCACAAGUCGUGGUACUCAUACAUCCUCACUACCCUAGUAGGAUCGGUCUACGCUUACGGUUUCUUGAUGAUGGUGCCUUCACUUUACAUCAACUACCGUCUUAAGAGUGUUGCACACAUGCCAGCCAAGGCAAUGAUGUAUAAGUUCUUGAACACCUUCAUCGACGAUUUAUUCGCCUUUACCAUCAAGAUGCCUUUCCUCUACCGUCUAGCUACGUUCCGAGACGACAUCAUCUUCUUUAUCUACUUAUACCAGCGUUGGGCGUAUAGAAUUGAUUACACUCGUGUCAACGAGUUUGGUCAAGGUGGUGACGAAGAGCCUGAAGAGACCAAGGCAGAGCCCAAGUCAUUGCCUAAGACUGAUGCUGUUGCCGAGAAGAUCGAGGGGAGUGCUAAGUCCAGUGGUGCAGACACGGGUGCAGCCAAGAAGAGGAAGUAGAACUCCGAUUAAUGGCAUGGCCCAGGUCUUAGACUAUAUAGAGUUCUGAGUAGGUAGUCAGUAGAUACGGAUAUAAAUCUCCGUCUUAAUUUAAAAUCCUAAUUGUUUAUUCCAAG